AUGGCUGGCGCAGCUCCUCCUCCUCCUCCGUCCACCGCAGUGCCUCUGCCAUCUCCCGCGCCGCCGCUCCCCUUCGAUCGCUCUCAGAACGAACCAGUGCGUGUCUAUCCUCCGGAAAAUGGCCGCAGCAGAGCUCUCGCUGCGCUGCAGUCGCUGCAGAAACGGAACGCGGCCGUCGUGGGACUACUCAGUUCGAGCUCUUCGUCUCCUUCGCGCGCCUUUGCGUUUGCGAAUCGCGUGAUCGGUCGCUACGUGUUUCGCGAUGACGAGAUGGAGAACGCGACGACGGUGAAGGACGUGCGACUGCCGGCUACGAUUCACUUUUUCUACGACGAUGUCGCGCGGUGCAUUUACCUGUUGGGUGUGUCUCGACCAGAGAGUCUGAGUUUCCGUCGUCCAUUUGCAGCAGCAGCAGCCGCAGCUAAAACAGCGUCGACAAGCAGAAGCAAAAGCAGAGCACUGGGUCGGCGGCUGGUGAUACCAACUGAGGGCACUGCGGACGACGACAUGCAGCUGAAGGAGGCAGAGCAGACGCGGGAGGAAGUGCACGCUUUCGAGCGUGAGAAGCUCAAGAUGCAGGCAUUGCUCUACUCGAGCUGCCACGUGCUGAUCGUGCUGAAUGAAAGCGCAAGGCUGACGACAAACGUGCUGAAAGAAGUCCGCGCGUUGACAGCCGAGAAGUCGCUGCUGCUGAGCCUCGUGCCGACGACGGCCAAGCAGUCGAAACGAAGUAGCGGCCACUCAAAAGGUCCAUCGUGUGGACCUGGAAAUGCAUUCGCACCCGGUCGCUGUGUGCCGUUAGUAGUGUACGUUGUCCCGGCACCAGACGAGAUUGUGUCGGCCUCGAUCACGGCACAAGGGUCUGGCCCCUCGCGCUCGGCGACAGUGUCGUACUGUAAAGCACACGAGGCGCGCUUGACGAAUCUGUUUCGGUCAUUGCGCGGUAGCACUGUCGGGUCGUUUCGCAUGCGCGAUGCACUGAGUGUGGCGAAUCUAAGCAAGGAACGCCGGGUGUUCAACUUGGACCCGACGCACUGCGUCGUUGUGGUGUCUCGACGUACAGCCACAGCCGAUGGACGUGCGGAGGCGCAACUUGAGAGUCUCUUGGACGCGCUCGACUCGGGUAUCAGUGCCGACGACAUGCUGAAGAAUAAUUUGCUACUGCAACCACCCGCAGACGACAACAUGGGAUAUCAGCGGCUCAAUCAGUACCUGCAGAAGUAUCUCCACCUGCUCUUCUCAUUCUCGCCUCAUGGCAGCAAGGAUAGCUGUGGACGCUCUGAGUUGCUGAGUCCUCCGCAAUGGGUGAAGGCUUUUCAUGGACUGGUCAAAGGCUACAGCCGCAUGGACUCGAAACGACUACAGGAAGCAGCGGCAUUCGAAGCUGCGGAGAGCAGAGAAGCGACAGCUUACGUGGCCCCAGCAAUGUUAGCACCGCACUAG